AUGGUUGAACAAAGAGAAAACAAUGGCGAUGAGAGAGCACGAUAUACGCCUCUCGAACAUCAUGAUCAUCCUGACGACCCUAUUGACGAAUCCACGCAAACAAAUAUCUUGCUGAUGGACGAAUUCUCGAGUGACAGCUCCCCUCCAACUCCUCGAUUCAUGCAAGACCAAGCCUCAUACAAAUAUCUGAAAUGGGUGCCGGUUCCGGUUCGGCGGGUUAGCAAAUCCGUUGUGAGAUGGGCCAAAGGGCCGAAUCCCCCUCAUAUCUAUACCAUCACGCCUCUGCUCCCAUCCGUGCAAGAGCUUCCCAUUCGGCUUCUCGACCAACACGUCCCGAAGAAGAGGCAUCGGAUUGCCCUUUUGGCUGCGUUCUACCUGCUCUGGAUCUUGAGUUUUGCUUUGGUCAUGCGGCAGAGUACAUAUGCGACUGAGUUAGAAGGGUGGGGCGCUCCAGACAAUAUUGGAUGUGGAACUACAUAUUGGGUUCCGGGGAAUGGCUGUGGUUUGAAUGGGAAUGGCUGUCGGCCAUUCAACGGGAGUGGUUUGGCAUUUAGAUGUCCUGCAGGGUGUGCCAAACACUGGGUUUUGAAUUAUCGUGCUGUUGGAGCACAGGAAAUCAUAUACCAACCUCUGGUUAUAGGUGGCCCCUCGGAUGACGACAAAACUCCAAUUUAUCGAAGCGAUUCUCAUAUCUGCAGUGCCGCUAUCCACUCUGGCAUAAUUGAUAAUGCAAAAGGAGGCUGUGGUGUAGUUUCUCUCAUUGGCCAAAGCAGCGACUACCAAAAUUCGAAGCAACAUGGCAUUGAGAGCAUUGGAUUCGACUCUAAAUUUCCUUCCUCCUUCACGUUUCAUACCACAUCCACUUGCGAGGCUAAAGAUGCACGCUGGUCAUUGCUAUUCGUGUCUUUGACAUUUACGAUACUCCUGUCUCUGUUUACAACAUCGCCGGGCUUAUUCUUCUUUAGCAUCUUUACCGGUCUGUUCUUUCAUGUUGGGCUUGCUUCUGACCCUCCAGGCCAUUCCUCUAUCCCAGACCUGCUAUCAAACAUACUGGGGAAGUUCCUUCCAGCUGCUUUUUGUGCGUUUGUGAUCUACCGUUAUAUGGGCGUGCAUCGUGCUCUCACUGGUCUUACUGCCCAAAUCGAGAAGACCGUCCUAUGGCUCGGGGGAUGUUGGGUCGGAGCGCUUUCAAAUUACACUUUGGAAUGGAUCCCAAUCCAACGUCUCAACGCGCAUGAUAUCAACCAGCAGCCCGGAGCAAAGCUGGCCCUUGCCAUAAUAAUCGUCUUGCUCGCCACAAUCAUUAUCAAACAAAUAUUUUUCUUCCAGCGAGAAGGACGUUUGAUUCGCUAUCUCGGUGUCUAUGGUAUCUUCCUGAGUGCCAUCCUCCUCUCACUACUCCUCCCGGACCUCAGCCUUCGCAUCCACCACUACAUCCUAGCACUCCUGCUUCUUCCUGGCACAAGCAUGCAAACACGGCCGGCGCUUCUCUAUCAAGGCCUCCUCCUCGGACUCUUCAUUAACGGCAUCGCGCGCUGGGGGUUUGACUCGGUCCUUCAAACCGCAGAUGACCUCCGGGGAGAUGCACCCUAUAACUCCAAGCUCCCUGUGAUUUCAAACCCAAGCAUAACGCUCAACCAAGACGUAUCUUCUAUCUCUUUCUCAUGGCUACCACCUCCAGAGCCUUUCGAUGGUAUUUCUAUACUCGUCAACGACGUGGAGCGCUUUAGAGGGUACAUCGACGAGGGAUUUGCAAGCGAUAAACACUUCGUGUGGGAUAAGGAAUCUGGCAAAAAUGAGCCGGAAUAUUUCCGGUUUGCGUAUUUACAGGGUCCAAAGACUUGGGACUAUACUCGUGCAGGUAUCUGGGAGAAGAAUGGAACCUGGACUAAGAUGGAGCCUGGGCCGAGUAAGAUAAAAAGUAGAGAUUUCGAGCGCGGAAAUGAGUUUCUGGUAAAGUAG